AUUCUUCACAAAUUUCCUAACCCUGAUAAAUACCCAGAACGUUUUCGGACCUGGCUUUACAAUGUUGGCGGUGAUGUAAUGGCUCUAGAAAAUAGUGUUAUUUUCAAGCGUCGCUGUGUAUGUCACUUGCAUUUUGAAAGCCGCUUCCAUACUAGAAGUAAAUUCCUGAGUGCCAAUGCUAUACCUACACUCUGCUUGUCAGGGUCCCAAUUAAGAAGACCACUAAUGGAUGUGACGAAUCAACCUGGCCCCAGUAGUGAGAAUAUUGCAAUGCUGCGACCACAGUCAAAUGUCCCAAACACAUCACAGCUACAGAACAACACUUUGUGUAAUCGAAGAAAAGCAGUUAAAAAGACUAACGAACAUGAAAAGGAUUUGGCCAAAAAAAUUGUACAGUUAAAAAAACAAAAUGAAUCAUAUUCGAAGAGACUCAAAAAAGCUCAGAAACUUUCCACCAACAAUGCUUUCCAAAAUGCAUGAAACAAUUCAAGACCUUGGCUGCUAUUAUCACUCUGAUGCAGUUUCGACAAAUAGGGAAACCAAAGACAGGAAGAAGGUUCACAAAAGAAGAAAAGAUAAUACACUAAGUGUGUACAAGGCGGGACCAAAAGCGUACAGAUGGCUUAGCAAAAUAUUUGUCUUGCCAUCACCAGUGACUGUUUCCCGUAUGAUAUCACAAGCCAAUUUGAAACCAGGUCUAAAUGACAAUAUUUUUGAACAACUCAAAGUGCAAAUAAAGAAAAUGAAAGAAGAUGACAAGUGCUCAUUAAUCUUUUUUAUUGUUUUAUAUUUCAUUACAUUUGUUUUUGUCAUUUGAAAGUUGAAGUUGAUUGAGUAAAUGUAGGAAAAAACAAAUACAUGAUUUAGAUACAAAAAUUGUUUCA